GGCACUGAGAACAGAAGAGGGUAGGGGCUCAACCUGGAAGUCUGACCCUGGCCGGAGCCAUGAACUUCAGAGGUCCUGACCCCUACCUCCCUGCCUCCCUGUUGAGCCAGAGACUGAAAGCAGAAGAGAAGACACUGGAUCUGGAGUUUGAGAUCUUGAGUGUGGGAUUUAACGAGGAAGGCAGAUACACCCUGAGGCUGUCCGCCGAGAACCCGCUACAGGCAGGCUCCAGUGCUGGGGUGCAGCUGCAAGUCAAUGAUGGGGACCCGCUCCCAGCUUGCUCUGCUGUCACUGAUGUCAUUGAACAGCAGGAUCUUGGACAGAGCCUCACCUUCACAAGGAACAAAUUUAUCUUUACUUUGCCCAAAGGGUUCUGCAAGAACGAUGGGCAGAGUGAUGCCCACCUGCGUGUGGAGGCACUGAGGCUGGACGGAUCCUCGGGACAGGCGGCCCAGAGGGUAGGUGAGGCCAUCUUCCCCAUCUACCCACGACCAGAUGAGCCCCGGAUGAACCUCGCAGCACCAGAGCACGAAGACCUGUACCGCUAUUGCGGCAAUCUGGCUCUUCUCCGAGCCAGCAAGGACCCCACGGCCCGCCACUGUGGGAGCCUGGCCUACAGUGUGGCUUUCCACGUGCACAGGGCCCCUAGGUCCUCUGUCUCAAACUGCCUUCUGGAGCCCAGCCAGCCAGAGCUGACGUCACUACACCCAGAGCUACAGACUUCAUGGGAGGUCCUGAGUGACAAGGCAGAAGUCUUUUCAGUGAGCCUGUCCAGCACCAAAAGUGACCAGGAGAGGUUGAGCUGGGAACCAGGACCCUGGCAGCCUCAGGCUCAGGCUCCAGAAGAACCAAAGGACCCCCCAGAGCCCUCCCAGUAUCUUGACACCAACCACCUGGCUCCCUGUAAUAAGGAGACUGUCAUGGUCACUCUGCAUGGAGCUACCAACCUUCCUACCUGCAAGGAUGGCUCCGAGCCAUGGCCCUACGUGGUGGUAAAAACCACAUCAGAGGAAGCCGACAAACACAGCCCCCAAGCCGUGACCUCUGUGACCUCAGAACCCACCAGAGCCCCCAUGUGGGGGGACACAGUGAAAGUGGAGAUCAAGCCAGAGGAUGCAGGACGAGAAGAUGUGAUCCUCAAGGUGAUUGACAACAGCAAGAAAGAGGAGCUGGUGUCCUUUGAAAUCCCCAUUAAAUACCUGCGCAUCUUCCACCCGUACCACUUUGAGUUAAAAAAGUCUGAGAAAGCUGAUGAAGCCACUGCCAAGACCCGCCUGUAUGCCACUGUGGUUCGGAAGGGCAGCUUACUGCCCUACUACAUUGGACAUGACCAUACAGCUCUGGAGGUCUUUCUUCAUGGAGUCAACAAGCCCCUGGUCAACAACCCCAACCCUAUGGUGGUGAUUGCUCGGGUGGUUCCCAACUACACUGACUUUAAGGCCGGCCAGGCCAGGCGGGACCCUGCCUCUGUAGGGCUGUCCCUCAAUCCUAUUUCCUUCCCUAUCUCAUCGCCAAUGAGCUUUGAUGUGCCUCGGGUCAGCCAGAACGGGUGUCCUCAGUUGUCCAGGCCCGGGGGACCCCCAGAGCAGCCCCUGUGGAACCAGGCCUUCCUCUUCCAAGGCCGAGAUGGAGCCACCAGCUUCUCAGAGGACACAGCGCUGGUGCUGGAGUACUACCCCUCUGCCUCAAUGAAAAGCAGCGAACCAUGGACAUUCCACCAGCCCCUGGGUGUCUCCGUGUUACCACUAAAGCCUCGUCUCUAUCACAAGAUGUUGACAGGAAAAAACUUUAAAGGGCUGUAUGUGGAACAGCUCCCCAUCACUAACACCAACCUAAAAACCAUCAGUGGAGAGACCCCCACCGUGAACCUGUCCCUCCAGUUGCUUUCUUCUGAGAGGCCAGAAAACUUCUUGACACCAAACAACAGCAAGCGUCUACCCACCCUGGACCCCAAUAUUCUGGAUGAGAAUCUGAAUGCCAUCGGUGAGUCCUGGUCCAUGAACUCUGCAGAAUCCUCUAAGCAAGUGGAGGAGCCUCAAGCAUUCCAUGAUGUGGAGAUGAACAAUUACCGGCGGGCCAUGCAGAAGAUGGCAGAGGACAUCCUAGCACUGAGGAAGCAGGCCAACAUCCUGGAGGAGGAGAACCGCAUGCUGAGGAGCCAGCUGACACAGCAGAGCAUAGAAGAAGAGCAGAGCAGAGCUGAGGAGGAGAACCUGGCCGAGUCCAUGAAGCAGAACCUACUGCUGAGUGAACUGGAUAUGAAGAGGCUGCGAGACAGGGUGCAGCACCUGCAGAACGAGCUGAUUCGGAAGAAUGAUCGUGAGAAGGAGUUGCUGCUUCUGUGCCAGGCCCAGCAGCCACAGGCUGCACAGAUACGGAGGUACCAGGACAAGCUGCAGAAGAUGAAGGCCCUGGAGGACACUGUGAGGCACCAGGAAAAGGUGAUUGAGAAGAUGGAGCAGAUAUUGGAAGAAAGGCUCCGGGAGAGGAAGGAGCCAGCCCCAUCAAACAGGCCACAGGAGAAGCCCAAUGUGGCCUUCCCCGUGUUCACAGCCUCUGGCAUUCACCUGGGCCCCACAGGAGAGAACGUGGCUGUUGAUCUUUACUCCAUGCUGCUGGCAGAAAACACGAGGCUGCGGGCAGAGCUGGAAAAGAACCGCCAGCAGCCAGCCCCCAUCAUCCUGCAGCAGCAGGCCCUGCCGGUGGAUCCCAGGGAGCUGGGAGCAGGUGGAGACUUGGCAGAGAGUCUACAAGACACAAAUGGCCCAGGACACUCCAGGUGCACAGAGACCCUGCCAGCACAGGUGGGUGUCCUGGGGGACUGCUCCACUGCCAUGCUGCUUCAGGUACCUGCUGUAUUCAAACUCAAAGUCAAUACUUGGAGUUAUGGUGGCACGAGGGCACGGGAUCUCCUUGGUGGUACUUCAGACAAGUUUAACCUCCUGGCCAAGCUAGAACAAGCUCAAAGUCGGAUCUUGUCCCUGGAAAACCAGCUGGAGGACUCAGCUCGCCGCUGGGCACGAGAGAAGCAAAACUUGGCCAUACGGCUUCAGGAGCAACAACACGGCUUUGGAAACCUGCCAAACCCCAUCAUCACAGAUCAGCCUAAUGCUGGAGCGGCCACGGAUCUCCAGAGGCCCGCCAAACUGGAACCCUCACUGCCCUACUCAGACUUGAAGCUUAAACAGACUCCCAAACUCCCAGACCUAGACCUCUAACCUCGAGAGGCCCUGAGCCUGGGACAGGUCUCCUUCCCCAUGUGCUGGGGAGUCAUCCUCCCCCAAAUAUGUCUUUAA